UUAAUUUACACUCCAAAACUCUCAAUAAAAAGUUUAGUUAACAACACAAUACUAUCAAAGUAGGCUGCAAGAGCCCAGCUAAUCACGUAGGUCCACUUAGCACAUGUCACCACAUCCGUACUUCCUGGCCGCAGUCCAUGUAACACAUUACGUCACUCGCGUCACAGGCGCGGCCGCGUUAUCUCUAACCAAAUUAGCACCCACUUUCCACUCAACUAUUAUAAGACCGUCGCACUGUACCUUUCACUCAGUUUUCAGCGCGCCGUCCGACGGAUAUCCGGCCAAAAUGUUGAUUAGAUUAUUGCUAAUAUCUGUGGUUUUGUGCGCGAUGAUCGAUUUUUCACAAUGUGAUAGAGGACGUUGUAAGACUUGCCGUUUCAUACCGUAUAAAAGAAUCAAGCGUGGGAAGUAUCCGGGACCGCCGAAGAGAUACUACAGCCGGCCGCCUGUAAGCUUCCCAUACAUAGGAGCAUUUUCCUACACUCCACCACCGAACUACAUGGCAGAAGAUGAUGAGCCUCGCCCAGGACCACCGUCACCGUACAAGGUUAGUAAGAGACCCUCAAACGACGGUUUGGGAGACGAUGAAAUUAACAAUCUAAUGAAACAUCUAACUAAACAAGACUUGGACAAGAUCAUAGAAUUUGCACAAGAAAAACAAAGGGAAGAAAGACCGUAUCCUAAUUCAUUGGAUAAUUUCAGUAAUCAAUACAACAAAUAUCCCAAGAAAAGGGAAGAAAUCGAUAUCUAUAAAGCAAAUAACGACGAUUUUAAGGCAUUCGAGCAAUUUGAAAAAGAAGUUUCUUUUCCUCAAAGAGAGGAAACAACUUUCAAAUACAAGGACAACAUACCGCCUGCAGAAAAAGAAAAGAAAUACACCUUCAAUGGUCCAUACAUAGAUCAGAAACCGUACGAUAAUUACGCGACAGAAGAACCUGAAAAUUACGUUGUUAAAUCGCGUGUAGUAUACCAGAGCGACGGAACAAAACAGUUUGAAAACCAACAAACCACUUUUAAUAAGCAAGAAUAUUUUGGCGCUAAUCAAAACGGAGAUAGCAAUGACAAGGAAUAUUUGCCGAAACCAUCUAACUUAAGAGAUCAUUACGAUGGUUCGUACACUGACAACGUGCCAAACGUUGUUAAACCCGAGGCCAGUGCGUAUAAAGUGGAAAACUUCGGCGACUUGCCGCUUAUGAAUUAUAACUCAAAGUUAGACACAGUUAGUUCCUAUCAUGUGCCACAUUAUACGAUCACAACGCCAACGAAAUACCGGGGAACUGUAUCAACAGAUUCUUCAUCUUCAGUAAAGGCUCCACCACUUGAACCAGCGCCGCCAAUCUCAGCGGCGAAGGAACAGAGCGAUGCCCACUUGAAGGCAGUGAAGAUCUGGUCCCAUAAAUCCAAAGGGACAGCUUACACGCUACAUAACGAUGGAACAUUGUCUUUGGAGCUGCCUUCCCGACCGAAGGGAAGCUAUGAUUCUUAUUGAAGAGUUCUUGUACCAAAUAUUGUAAAUACUUAGGGUAGAUAUUACAUACUGAUAGAUUUAGAGGCACUAUUUAUGUAAUCAUAC